AUGAAUUUGAUGGAGCUACCCAACGAAAUCCUGGAUAUGAUUAUCACCUAUUUAGAACCCGAAGAGAUCAGUAAUACCUGUCAGGUAAAUAAACGGUUAUAUCAUCUUGUACAUAAAAACUCGAGGAUAAGGCGGUUUCCCAUUAAGAAAUUAGAACUUCUAGAUGUCAAAGAGCAUGUUUGUAUACAUAUCUGGACAGAUGUCAUGAGACAUGGUAAUAAGGAAUGUGCUACUUUUUGUAAAACAACACAUCAUUCUCAGUUAUUUCAUUUUAUUUAUUUGUUCAAAGUUCACAGUUUGGUGAUAGAUGGUCGUUCAAACAAACUGAGGAACGCGCUGAAGUCUAUACCUACAUGGUGGUUGGAUUCUGUGAAAAUUCUGAAUAUCAAGGAAACGCAAUGUGAUCUGGACAUGUUGAACUUUAUGCGCCGCUUGAGGAAUUGUCCUGAAGUCUCCAUUGACCCACACUACACUAUAAACUACAUAUCAGAUGUCCUUUUGGAGAUGAAUUCUUUGAAACAUUUAGGAUUAAAGAAUGCCAGAACAGUGCUGUUUGAUGACAAUACCCUGGAUGUUUUGGUGAGUCUCUCGAAUAGGAGCGAUACAGGAUUGAAAAGCAUAGAGGUUUCUGAUGCUGUCACCUCUAUAACUACAAACAAAUUGAUAGAAUUCCUAUCUACAGCAAAAUUCGCAGCAAAUUGUACUAUGAAGUUUGAAGGUCUCGAUCUAGAAGAGAACGAAUUGCUUAAAUUUCUGGAAGAGCAAGGAAGCCUUAAGGCAUCAGCUGCUGAUAAUUACAAGUUCACUUUGGGUGACAGAGAAAUCACCCUCAGUGUAGGCAGAAAAACAGAUAGCUCUGAUUCUCUUUCGUAUAACGAAUGA